AUGAACGAUCACUCGAGAGAGGACGAUGAAGAGGAUUCAGACGCUUCCUUUGCUUCAGAGGAGAGCCCAGAUGGGAGGAAAGGCAGUUCGGAUGAGGACUGUGAGAGAGAGCUUCACCUCCCUGAAACUCCAGAGACCUGCCUGCAAAUGAACCUGGUCUAUCAGGAAGUUAUCGAGGAGAAGAUCAAGGAGGUCAACAUUCUGCUUUCCCAAAACAAAGAACAGCAGGAAAAGCUCACCAGGGAGCUUGCUGGGCCCAGAGUGGCAAAGACCAGUGAUGGAAAGGCCAUGCCAGCAAAUGUGUUCCUGGGCCAUUUCAUGAAGCCAUAUUUCAAGGAUCAGACGUCAGGAAUCGGUCCUCCUGCCAACAGCGAUGCCCGAGAAAAAGCGAUGCGAGGCAUAAAACCUUUUGAGGAUCUGAUCACUACAAAAUGGAAGAGCCGAGAGAAGCUGUUGCUCCAUCAGUCUGUGGUCAGUGAUCAUUUGCAGCAUCUCCUUCAACCAAAACUUUUGAAGGUUGAGUAUCUGACUGACAAGCUGGCAAGAUCCCGGGAUGAGAUGGAAAAGCAGAUCUUGACAAAGCAAAUCCAAGAAGUCGAGCGUGAAAUGAACAACAUCGAACAGCUGCCAGAGGAGGUUUUGCUGGGAAACAGACUCGAUAAGCAUGACUGGGACAAGAUUGCCAAUGUCAACUUUGAAGGAAUGCGCAGUGCAAAAGAGCUGCAGAAAUACUGGCAGAAUUCUGAACAUCCCAGCAUCAACAAGACAGAGUGGAGUGAGGAAGAGAUCGAGAAACUCAAAGGAAUUGCUGCCAGACACAAGUGCCUCAACUGGGACACGAUCGCCCAGGAGCUGGGGACGCAGCGAACUGCCUUCCAGUGCCUGCAGAAGUUUCAGGUGAACAACAAAGAAUUCAGGCGGAGUGAGUGGGCCCCAGAAGAGGACCGGAUGCUCUCGCAGCUGGUGCAAGAAAUGCGGGUGGGGAACCACAUCCCAUACCGGAAAAUUGCCUACUACAUGGAAGGGAGGGAUUCUGCCCAGCUGAUCUAUCGGUGGACCAAGCGACUGGAUCCCAGCUUGAGGCACGGAUCCUGGACCCCAGAGGAAGAUGCUCUGCUGCUGAAGGCGGUUGCAAAAUAUGGGGAGCGGGACUGGUAUAAGAUCCGAAUGGCGGUCCCGGGGAGGAACGACAUUCAGUGCCGAGACAGGUACUUGCAUGCUCUGCACUAUGAUAUAAAGAAGGGCAAAUGGAGCGAGGAAGAAGAGAAGAAGUUGAUUGAACUAACAGAAAAGUACGGCGUGGGUCACUGGGCAAAAAUUGCUUUGGAGUUGCCCCACCGCUCCAGGUCCCAGUGCCUCAGCAAGUGGAAAAUCCUCCUGGGCUAUCGGAAGAACAAGCGGAGGAAGCAGAGGAAUAACCUUGACCAGGAGUGGCGACCAGAGUCCAGCAGUGAGGAUUCAGACCUGGCCCUGAAGGAGGACGGUGCUGAGGAGGAGGAGUCCCCCAAGCCUGAAGCCUGGAGAGUGCCCAGCUUAGACUUGUGGAUCCCUGCAAGGCAGAAUCCGUCCAGCAUUCCUGGGGAGCUGGCCUCUGUGACUGUGCUUUCAAAGGGCCUUGAUGUGAACAGAAAGCUGAGGCCGAUCCGUGGUAAACUUCUUGUUGCAGAAAAGGACCAAGCUCCUGAAGGUCUUGAGUCCAGGACAUCUCCAUCGGUUAAUAUUCAGGCAGAGGAGGAAUUGGCUGUGGAAGAUACCAGAAUUUCCAGAAGCAAAAAGGACUCAUGGAGGGUUUCUUUGGCCUAUGUGAAAUGUGUCUUGCGGAGAAACAGCUAUGACUUGCAGAGGAGAAAUAGAGAGAAACACAGAAAGAGGCGCUUUGCUUCUGCUUCACAGAGGAGGGGCCUUGGGAGAGAUUUGGUCCCCCCAGCCAGGGAGCCUGCCAGAGGCCAGAGAGACGGGAUGUGGAAGAUGACGCUCUACCGGCGGCUUUUGAUGGCGGUGUCCCCCUGGGCUGGGAGCAGGGUGCAGGCCUGGGCCCAGCGGGUCAAGAGCGAAGCGUCCCACAAGUCCAAAGUGGAAUUCAUCUUCAAGUACCUGCAGAUAGCCAGUCUCAAAAGUACUCCCGUGUUCACGCUUUUCAUUCAGCUGCUUCAUAUUGAUGUUGAUGGCUGCAUGAAAAUCAUCCAGAAGAGGAAAUCCCGGCAGCUGGAGCUCCUGGAGGCUGUUGCUGGGGAUGCGAGAGGCGCCGAUCAGGCUUCUCCCUCUCAGGAUCCUGCAGCCCAGUCAAGCCUCCCCGUGGGCACCAGUAAGAAGCUCAUCCCGUUGAAGGCCAAGGAGGGCCCUCUUCCUGCUCAUGCCCGGGUGGGUUGUCCACCCCCUCGCCUGCCUUCCAAACCCAAAACUGUCUCUGAGCUGCUGAGAGAGAAGAGGCUGCGUGAAGUGAAGGCAGCGAGGGCCCUGCCCAAGAGGUUAAUCUUGGCGCCUCAGCUGCUCCUGCCUUCCUCGGUGAUCAUCCAGCCUCCGGCUCUGACGGGGUCUCGUGGCCUCCCCACAGCUGCAAAUGGCCCAUCACUGCCCAACCCCUCGCCUGUGGGCGCUUCCGCCUCCCCUGGCUCAGCAGGACAGAGUCACUUGCCGUUGUCACGGGACACGAGGGGUUCUCGGGCGGAAGAGGCUUCUGCUGGUCGUGGCAAAGAGGGUGGCUUGCAGAAGGCCAGGCGGGGAGUGUCAGCCGCUGCCUCCUUUGCCCCUUUGCUGCCAAAGCAGUCCCCUUUGCCUCUCCAGAUCUCGGCAGCCCCUGCUGCUUCUCUCUGUCCUGCCAGUGUGGGGCCUGGCACAAAGAAGGCUGCCUGUGCCCUGGGGCCGGGUGGCUGUCAGCAGGACUCUGCUAAGUUGGUGCCCCCGUCAGUAGCCCUCCCGCUGGGCUCCCCCGAGGCGGCCAAGCAGAUCCGUCCCGUAACCUGGCUGCUCACUGCCCAGGGCCUCGUCCCAGUGACUGUCGUGAGCCUUCCCUGUCCAGGGAAGCCCAGUGCCACGGGCAGCCCUGGCGCCUCUCCAGGUCUGGACCGGGCGGCAGAGGCCUCUCCCGUGAGCCCAGGCCCAGUGCCAUGCAGCCAGCCAUCGCAAGGGGCCUCUCCCAGCAGCCGCCAGGAGGACGGAACGCCUGGCUUGACACCCCCCUCCGUCCCGCCUGCUCCCGCAGCCUCAACCGAGUUGCAGCACCCCUUGCCCCCCACUUGCCCUCUGAUGCCCCCCGUGCCCGGCGCUUCCGUGGGGAGUGUCCAGAACUGUGCCGUGGGAAACUCUCACCGUCCUGCCAUUCCUGGAGGGGCUGGCCCUCCACCGCCUUUGCCACGGGAGAAGGUCGCCCCCGACUACAGCCUUCUCUCCCUGGAGGACGCCACAGCGGUGAAGGCGUGGGCCCAGGGCGGCUCGGGAAGCGGCCCGCCUUACCUGCCGCCUUUCCUGUGCAGCUUGAGAAUGCUCUCUGCCCUGCUGCUCAGCAAAGCAGCCCUGGAGCAGACGGCGGCGCGUCUGGUGACUCCCGGAGGGCAGCAGGAGUCCAGUCAGCAGCCGGAUCCGGAUGCCCUGAGAGCAGUGGUGCACCAGAGGCUCCGGGAGAACCCUGCCUACCAGCUCCUGAAGGCCCGCUUCCUGGCCGCCUUCACCCUCCCGGCUGCUCUCGCCGUGCUGUCUCCUCCCAGGGUGACCACCACACUCCCUGGGGAGAGGUGGUGGAAAAGCAGCCACAAAGGAGACUCAUUCGCGUCAGCAUCCUCCUCCUCCUCUUCAUCAUCAUCAUCAGCAUCUGAGAACGAGGAAGACCACAGAGAAGCUGGCAGAAUGGCUGAGAGGCAGGAGGAGCCAGGCACGGAUCAGAUUGGCAUACCUGGGAUUCGGAGAAGCACACGUCCCAAAAGACGGAGGAGGCCCCUGUAAGAGGAACAGGCUUCCUUGAGCGAGAACCCCUUGGGUAUUUUGCACUGAUCAGUGGCAAGGCUGUAACCUCGCUGAUAAGAAAAGAAGAGGGACAGGCUGGGAGCACUAGCCCACUUGCGGAUGCGCCU